AUGUUUUCUUUACUUGUUUCGAGAAACGUUUCGUUUUUGUCAACUCCAACAGCAAGAUACAUGUCAUACAUCAGUCGUAAGAGCGGUUUGCCGUAUUUUAAAACACCGAACCCAGCGCUGAGGACAUCCUGCAAACAGGUUCUGCAGAUACAAAAUCAUAUUUGUCAUACAGGAAGGCGUGGGUUUUCGUCGUUACUGACGGUUAUCGGUGGCGCGGCGGUGCGGCGCUGGUGGUUCAAGCGACCACCCGAGACGAGGCGGCGGUACACGAAUACGGCCAGGACAUACCGCUUGACCAUCAUUGGAAUGACGACCGCCUUUAUGUGCCUCAUUGGAACGUUCCUGUCGUGUUGCAUGGAAUUGGACCCGUGGACGGACCUGUGGCGGCUGUUCGUGUUCAGCGAACGAACGAUCGAGGUGUACGACCGCAUAAAUGUGGCAGCUAUUCUGGCUGAAAUGACGGGCAAGCGCUGCCUUCUAGAAACGGAACAUCCCACGUACAGACGAGUGGCCAGCGUGAUGUCUCGGCUGCUGGACGCCAACAACGGGGUGGACGAGAUCCGCAACCGCCAGUGGAGUUUGGUGGUGGUGAACCACCCAACGGUCAACGCGUUCGUCUCGGCCAGUGGGUUCAUUUUCGUGUUCUCCGGGCUGGCGGCCAUGGCCAACGACGAUCAGCUUUCAAUAAUUGUCGGCCAUGAGCUGGCCCACGUCAUGCUACGGCAUACGAACCAUAUUACCAGCGUCAACUUUGCAGUCCACCUGUUGUGCUUGACACCUGUGUCCAUGGUCCUGUCGGUUGCUCUGCCUUUCCUCUGGGCGAUGUUGGCGGUCAUGAUGUGUCGACUCGUCCUAUACGUGUGCGUGGGGCUGACGAAGGAAAGGUCCCUCGAGACCGAGGCAGACGGCCUCGGGUUGUUGCUGGCCGCAAACGCAUGUGUAGACGGCACCCAGGGUUACCUGUUCUGGGAGGCCAUGUCCAAAAUCUACGGGCCAUCCACCCGGACCUGGUGGCUGGAAACGCACCCGACAAACGAAAUCCGGGCCCGACACUUACACAGCUUGAUACCAGCCGCCACGGAGCUCCAGAAACUGGCCAAAUGCUAG